UUGUAAUUCAAUUAUUUCGAUAAUUUCGCGUACAAUUACACUCAAUAAAAAUUCAUUCAAUACAUCAAUCCGUAUCCAGGCACAGUUCAACUCUGACCUACAUAAACACGUUACUUUUGGCUAUUAUCUAGCAAAAUCUUAUUAUCUCUCAAGGACACACCUACAAGCGAGCGAAUUUAAGAAUAAACGUGCUAUCAAUACGCCGUUUCAUAGGCGUGAUUUGUGUUUCUCCACCUUUUUAAUUCCCCUCGCGGUUACAUUACGGAAUCGACCAUAUCGUGUUCCGCUGACGUGACAACCAACCUUAAAAUUCCACUCGCGUAGCCGUUUCAUGGUGCUGUCGUUUAUAUAGCUCGGUAUCACCAUGAAUUGACGUUCGACCGGACCACUCCACAAGGAGCACGUGCUUCUGAAAGUAAAACGAAAUACUUCAUGUGCAUACUUCUAACCUAGACGCGUACUCGUGCCACGAACAACGUGUCCUCGAUGAAGUGAAACGGUGUUGAUCGAUUUUGAAGCGGGAUCGAAGCACGUCCUCCUCUAGCGUAGUGGUUAGACGCAUUUUCCGCACACCAUGUAUCAAAAGUUGAGCUUCGAGGUCGAGUACCUCACCGAACAACACCUUACCGGCUUCGAGAACUAUAAAUAUAGCUCAGUGGACACAAGUCCUCUCAGUGUAUAUAUUAUGCACCCAUUUUGGAACAAAGUGGUUCAGUACUGUCCAAAGUGGGUUGCUCCAAAUGUAUUAACUUUCUCUGGAUUUCUUUUCACAGUCUUGAAUUUCACAUUGUUUGCCUUUUAUGAUUAUUAUUUGUAUGCAUCUAGUGAUGAUAAACCACAGUAUCCUCCAAUACCACGAUGGGUCUUUGCCUUGGGUGCAUUCAAUGUAUUUAUGGCAUACACACUUGAUGGUAUAGAUGGUAAACAGGCGCGUCGUACCCAAACAUCUGGUCCUUUAGGAGAGUUAUUUGAUCAUGGAUUAGAUAGUUGGACAACAAUGCUCAUAAGUGUAUGUAUGUUUUCUGUUUUUGGCAGAACAGAUCAUAGUGUAUCUCCACUGAGAAUGUACUUCAUUCUGUGGAAUGUGUUUAUCAAUUUCUAUUUGACCCAUUGGGAAAAGUAUAACACAGGGGUAUUGUUCCUUCCUUGGGGAUAUGAUGUAUCUAUGGUAGGUACUAUUAUUGUCUUUAUUAUAACGAGUAUAGGUGGACACAGUGCUUGGAAAUUUGUUCUACCUGGUGAUAUAUCCAUGGGAGUGAUGUUUGAAAUAUUACUCUACGUCAGCGCGAUUGUAUUCAGUUUACCUGUGGUACUCUGGAACAUAUACAAAUCGUAUAGCGACAAGACUGGUAAAAUGCGAACAUUCUUAGAUGCUGUUAGACCUCUACUACCUUUAGCAGUACUCUUUGCUAUCUCAACAAUUUGGGUAGUACAUUCACCUAGCAAUAUUGUAGAGCAAGAUCCCAGAAUAAUUUUCUUAACCAUUGGAACCAUUUUUUCUAAUAUAUGUUGCCGUUUGAUUGUUUCACAAAUGAGCAACACUACAUGUGAACUACUAUCGUGGGUAUUACUACCCGUAGCAGUUGCAGCUGUCUUUUCCUUUAUCUUGCCUAGCACAGAUUUGGUAUUUACGUAUAUUGUUGCCAUCAUAGUUUUAUUAGCGCAUAUUCAUUACGGAACUUGCGUGGUUCGUCAGAUGUGCCGUCACUUCCGUAUUCACACGUUCCGUAUUAAAGAUCGUACCGACUGACUACUUGCUGACGAUACAUGUUAAAAAUGAAGAAGUACGAAAUAAGAAAAAGUCGGAGAAAGCUACGAACUAGUGAGUACAGAGCAGACAAACGGACGAAAUUUUUGGAAUACGAUUGAAAGGUGGAGAAAAUUUUUAGCUAUGAAUAUUACGAAUACUCGGCAGUAGAUAAUAAUAGAUUUCAUUAAAGUAUGCAAUCAUCGCUGAUCACAUAUCCAAAAUGAAGAGAGUACCUGUUUAGUAGCCUUAUUUAUUCAUUCUCAAAAGCAAAAUCGUUUGAAUCGCACUUAUUGCUGUGAUAUAGUCACAGAAAUUCACCUGCAAGCUUAUCUCGUACGUAUGUAU